AUGCACAUUACUCCCCUGACACUCACGGCGCAGCUGUGCUACCUGAUUGGUGGCACUGUGAUUUGCGUUUUCUUCACUAUCUUUGGCUAUCUGGUGUGGCGUGCUCAGGGGUAUUACCAACUAACCCCUCCAGGGGAGAAACGCCGCGCCGGGUUUACGCCAAACGGUAUCGCCGGCAUCACGGCGUUCUUCACCUUCGCUGGUCUCGCUGUGGUGCUUCUAAUCGAGACGACCGUCUUCUACGUGCGCUACGCCUUCCACCCAUCCCACAAGGGCCGAUACUGGGCGAUGCAUCGGUGCGCCGCUGUAAUCUUUCAGGCUGCUGUGGGUAGCCUCUACGUCGCAACUGGUGUGGCGCUCCUCGUCAAAUGGGGUGGCAAUUCCGCACAGUGCGCUUUCAUCUUUUGCUUGGGAAUCGACCGGUAUCCGUCCCUCUCCCUAACGCGGGGCGAAAACUUCAACAUUCUUCUCUCCGUGAUCAUCUUCUUCGUCCUGGUGCCGGCAGGGCUGGUGUUGCUGUGCCGCGCCUUCUCUACUGUCAUGCUGCAGUUGGCCGAGAGGGUGGUGCGCAAGCGCGGCUCGGCGAGCGAGGGAGCCGACGCGCAGGUGUUCAACAGCACACCGGGACAGCCCACUGGUGAAGAGACGUCUUCGUCCGGAAGCAGUGGCGGUGCGAAGGCCUCGGUGGCGACAGAGACAAACCCAAUGGGGAAGCCGGUGAGCAUGCGGCCAUUUCACGCGGAGCCGAGGGUGAAGCAAGUGUGCCGCCUUAUCGGCGUGCUGAUCGGUAUCCUGGUGUACGCUAUCGUCUCCUUCUGGCUGCCGAACGACUCGCGUCGCUUCAACGCCAACUACAUUGCCGCCUUUGCGCGCAACAGCAUCGCGCGUGACCGUCGUACUAAUAGCACGACUGUACCCGAUAUGCCAUACGCAUGGUUCCGCACUGGUCAGAUUCGUUGCUCUGAUGACCUGACGCUAAAGCUGUUUCCCGGCAACGUCUUCUUCUAUGCGUACCUGUUGGCGACGGCGAUCAUUAUAUUUGUGCUGCGGCAGACGCAGCGCGGGCGGUACUGGGUGCAGCGCCGCAUCCCACUGUGCGCGUGCUUCACAUAUGGCGAGGCCGCCUUCGUUGUCGCCACGACGCUGCUCUCGGUCAUGUUCUUCAUCUACUGGCUUCGCGACCACAACUACAAGCAAACCUGGAGUGUGACAGCGAAGGAGAGUGUACAGAUUGAGGCGCCGGAGCGAUGGGGCCGCGGACUGGGGCAGCUGGCCAUUCUCUUCCUUUCACUGCUGCUGUUGCCGGUGGGUCGUCAGUCGAUUGUCGUCAGCGUGCUUGGUGUGUCGCGGGAUGGCAUGCUGUGGUUCCAUCGUGCGGUCGGCUACGCCAUGCUGGCAGCUACGGUCGGUCACGUUGUGGCCUUCUACGUGUCCUACGCCAGUUUCGGCUAUCUCAUGCAAAACUUGAACACCGUUGCCAAUCGCGUCUGCAAGAAGGGGGUUUUCGACGACUAUAGUGUUUUAGUGGCGACGUGGACGACGUGGUUCCUGCUGAUUGCCAUGGGCAUCUUCGGCCUAAGCUUCAUACGCCGUCGCUACUACGAGCUGUUCUACUAUACACACCUUGCCGCGACGUACAUGACGCUGCCCGCCAUGGUUUUCCACGCCUCUGCUGGCUGGAUGUACCUGCUCCCCGGCAUGACGAUAUUCCUGGCUGACCAGCUGGUGCGUCUGUGGCAGCGGACCGCCGUGGUGCGCAUUGUGCACGCGCGCGUGAUCAGCGAGGACACGACGGAGCUUGCCUUCUCUGUGCCCGGGCGGUGGGACAUGCAGCGCGUACACCCAGGGCAGUAUGUGCUGGUGUGCGUACCGGAGCUGACGGCUUUGCAGUGGCACCCCUUCACGCUCAUCAACCUCGUGGACGAGGAGUCGGUGGCCGUCAAAAGCUCGAAGGUGAGUGCGGCGGGGACUGUGUUCUAUGUGCACGUCAAAUCCAUGGGGCCAAAGACGUGGACAGGGCGACUGUACGACCUGGUGAGCCGUGGCGAGGAGAUCACGAUGGCUGUGGAGGGGCCGUGCGGGACGCCGGUAGACUACCGCCACUAUGACGAUAUUGUUCUGGUUGCCGGUGGCAUCGGCGCGACUCCGUGCGUAUCGAUCCUCGGGUCGCUGAUGCGCCAGUUCGACGCUCUCGGUCACAGUGGCGCGAGGCCGCGUGUGAGCGUCAUUUGGUGUACUCGCUCUGCUCGUCACGUGAACGCUGUAGCGAACAUGCUGCAGCUGCCGGUGCGAUGUGGCAACGUGGUUCGUCAACCUUGGACCCGGCCGGCGUUGGUGGGGAAGAUCGACGCGUGUGCGGCACUCGAAGACCUGAAUACGAAUGUGAAGAUGACUGCCAAGAUCACCCAGUCUGUCAGCACUUUGGAGCAGGACGAGCCGUUGAACGAGGAAGUGGGUGUGAUGGACGAGGCUGUCCGAGCUAGUGGCGACACAGAACAGCACUUUUCCUUCGACGUGUAUGUUACUCUGAAGACGGAGCUGCAGCAUUUUUCCACCGAAGCCGCUCAUCAAUUCGAGCAGUGCUCAUCAAAAUUGAGUGAUCGUUUGACAGCAAAGCUGUAUACAGAGUUGGAUGAUGGCCUGUACACUUGCGUGGAUGCCAUUGAGAACGCCCGGACUGUUUCGUACAGUUCUUCUCUGCAGAAGCAGAAGACAGCGGCGGUGACGGAGGCCGAGCCACACGUCACAGCCGAUGAUGCGGGCCAAGAGGGGGAAGAGAUGGUGUUCUCCUCUGAGUCUGUGUGCAAUGAAAGAGAAUGUUCUGAGGGUCCCGGCGCCGAUGUCCAUGAAGAGAGCAGCGAAGGCGCUUCGCCUUGCAUUGCCGGCAAUAAGGAACAGGAAGUGGUGACUCGCGCCGCAUCUGCGGUGGAUGGGGAGAGCGUGGUGGUGCCGAGCGAAUUCUCCCAGUGGUCACCGAGGUCUGUUAUGGAGUCGGGCAAUCAACUGGAUGGCGGCGACAGCAGCAACGACAGCGAAUGCGGACGUGUGGCGAUACAGGUGUACUCAGGACGCCCCGAUGUUGAUCGCCUCAUCCGCGAAGCACUCAACAAGCCUCGACCUGGCGUCGGGAAGCCCUCGAGGCUGGACAAGGCCCGCACGAUGUUAUUUGUGUGUGGUCCGAACGCGCUCGUUCGCCAGGUCAUUUCCUCAGGGGUGCAGAUCGGUGUGGCUGUACACAAGGAAGAAUUUCUUUUCUAG